AUGGUAUCCACAGAGGGAGGGACAUGUGAGGUCAUUGCAGCACACCGAUGUUGCAACAAGAACCGCAUUGAGGAGCGUUCCCAGACUGUCAAGUGCUCUUGUUUACCGGGAAAAGUGGCCGGAACAACACGGAACAAACCCUCUUGUGUAGACGCCUCCAUCGUGAUUGGGAAGUGGUGGUGUGAGAUGGAGCCGUGUCUGGAGGGAGAGGAGUGUAAGACACUACCAGACAACUCCGGCUGGAUGUGUUCCUCUGGGAACAAGAUCAAGACCACAAGGAACACCCAGCCAUAUUCAACUUUUUAGUUCUGAGGGCCACCGAAGCUGGCUCGCCAGAAGCUCAGUGGCGUCCUUCUCCUCAUCAAG